AUGUCCGUGUUUUCCAAAGUGAGGAAUUUCUUCAGCCGUCACCGUAAUAAAUUCAUCGUUGGGGGCGUCAUAAUCGGGGGCUCUAUCUUCCUAACGCGUUACGCGCAGCAGAAAUUGAGAGAAUGGCAAGAAAAAGAAGCGCUCGAAUUUCUGGACAGGAACAGAAAGCACCAACACUUCGAAAGCAUAGGGCGGACGUGCAACCAAACGAUUUUAAACCUAGCAUUGGCUUUGAACGAAACAAUUUCCAAAAAUAUCAACACUGAAGAAGUCAUAGAGCGACUGAAAACCAACCCAGAAAACAAACUAGCUCUCUGGAACGAACUGAAAGUCCUAGUGUUCAACAAAGCCGCGUGUACCAUCUACGCAAAUGUUAUGUUGGUGGUCACUUUAAAGAUUCAGUUGAGCAUAAUUGGGGGCUAUUUGUACAAGGACCCCACGUCCCUCUCUUCAGAAAUGCAGGAGAGGUACUUGUCUCUUUGCCAAAACUUGAUGGAUGCAGGGUUUAGUAGGUUAAGCAGAUUAGUAGAAACAAAUUGUAGGAAGGUGCUAGAGCCUGUUAAUUUGACAAAACAGUUGAAAUUGAGCGACUUGGAGGCUCUCUUUUGGUCGAUCCAGACGGCCGUCGCGACGCAUAAUGACAACCCAGUUGAGAAUUUGCGACAAUAUGUUCUACCUGAGCUGCCAGUCUCUGACGGAAUUUACGAAAAAAUGGUAAAAGAGACCGCCGAACUUCUCAACAGUGAUGAAGUUAAGGCCCUAGUGACCCACUGUACUACUAGGGGGUUCAUGGUGUUGGCGGAACAAUUAUCCGAAUUUUACACAAGUAAUGGAGUGAAAGAAAAUGGAAAACUUCCAGAAGGUGACGAGUUUACGAAUCCUUUCAAUGUGAAAAAACCAAUGGCGAAAGUUUUACCAAUAAUGAACGGACUUUUUUCCAAAAAGUCACUACCCGACCAGUUUUUGCAGCAAUUAAUUGUGUAUGAAAAACUGCAAUUAUUGAGCGCAAACGUUUACGAAUCGUUUUUGUCGUAAUUUUAAUUCCGUUAUUUUAAUGUGAUUGGGACGUUUGUUAUGUAACUUUUGUGGUGAAUAUAUUUAUUUUUAUUGCGGAGUAAACAUUAAACUAGCCCUUUUGUCUA